AUGACUUCUAAUUUGAGGGGCCCCUAUUCUGUGAAGGGCACACCAUGUGGGGAUUGUAUCCACACGGAUUCGGACGAGGGCGAGGGGAACAUCAAGUACACCAUCUCCGGGGAAGGAGCGGGCACUAUCUUCAUCAUCGACGAGCUGACAGGUGACAUCCACGCCACCGAGCGCUUGGACCGCGAGGAGCAGAGCUACUACACCCUCAGAGCUCAGGCCCGGGACCGACUCACCAACCACCUUUUGGAAUCCGAGUCAGAGUUCGUCAUCAAGGUCCAGGAUAUCAACGACAGUGAACCCAAGUUCCUGGAAGGGCCAUAUAUUGGGAGUGUGGCAGAGCUUUCACAAAUGGGAACAUCAGUGAUGAAGGUCACUGCAUGGGAUGCAGAUGACCCUACGUACGGAAGCAGUGCCAGGGUGGUGUACAGUGUGCUGGACGGAGAGAGCUUCUUUACCGUGGACAGACAGACUGGACUGAUUCGGACGGCUGUGGCAGAUCUGGACCGGGAGACGCAGGAUCGCUAUGAGCUGGUCGUCAUGGCAACCGAUAUGGCAGGCCAAAUGGGUGGUCUUUCCGGCUCCACCACGGUGACCAUAGUGAUCACAGAUGUUAAUGACAACCCACCACGCUUUCCGCAGAAGAUGUACCAGUUUUCGGUGUCUGAGGGGGCGGCCGUGGGGACACCGGUGGGGAGGGUGAUCGCCACAGAUACGGACAUGGGGGAGAACACGGACAUGAGCUACCUGAUCAAAGACGAGGAGGGCGGGGAACUCUUCAAGGUUACCACCGACGGAGACACACAGGAAGCCGUCAUCACUAUCAAAAAGCCACUGGACUUUGAGAGCAAGCGUACACACAACGUGGUGGUGGAGGCUGUCAACAAACACGUGGACCCCCGAUUUUUGGAGCUUGGCUCUUUCCGCGACCAGACAAUCGUGCGGGUCAGCGUAACCGAUGUGGACGAGCCGCCUGUCUUCCUCCCUGCUGAGGGGGCAAUUAUGGAGGUCCAGGAGGAUGCCAGGCUAGGUGCGCUGGUGGGCACAGCUACAGCCAAGGACCCAGACAAGGAGAACGCACCUGUCAGGUUCUCCAUUGACCGAAGUACAGACCAGGAGCAGAUCUUCCACAUUGAUCCAGUAUCGGGCGCCAUCACCCUGGGCAAAAUUCUGGACCGAGAGACGGCUGGCUGGCACAACAUCACUGUGACAGCAGUGGAAGCAGAUAAUGUAUCCCAGAUAUCCCAUUCAUCAGUGAGCAUUCGUAUCCUGGACGUGAACGAUAACCCUCCUGAACUGGCCAGACCUUACGAGGCGUCCAUCUGUGAGGACGUUAAGCCGGGUCAGCUCAUUCACACCAUCAGCGUGGUGGAUAGGGACGAGCCGCAGUCGGGCCAACGCUUCUCCUUCACCCUGGCUCCGGAGGCCACCAACAACCGCCACUUCACCCUGUGGGAUGUCAAAGACAACACUGUAGGGAUCCGGACCCAGCGCUCGGGCUUCAACCGCCACGAGCAGAACGUCUACCUGCUGCCUAUCCUGGUGGUGGAUACCGGGCCUCCUGCUCUGAGCUCCACGGGCACCCUGACCAUCCACGUGUGUGGCUGCGACCCGGAGGGCACCAUCCAGUCCUGCAAUGCCACCGCCUACGUCAUUAGCGCCUCACUCAGUCCCGGGGCCCUCAUAGCCCUACUGGUCUGCAUGCUCAUACUCAUAGUCCUGGUGCUGCUAAUCCUAACCCUGAAGCGCCACCGCAAAGCCCAGCGGAUGUCAGAGGACGAGGAGGACAUGCGCGACAACGUCAUCAAGUACAACGACGAGGGAGGCGGCGAGCAGGACACGCAGGCCUACGACAUGAGUGCCCUGCGCAACCUCUAUGACUUCCCCGAGGCCAAGAGUGGAUCUUCUGAGUCAGGCCCUGAUCUGCAUGCACUGCCCCAGUGGAUCCAGGGGCGGGUGAGCGGCGAUGGCGGGGCAGCCGACUUCUCCCUCUUCAAGGGCUACAUCCGCAAGAAGGUGGAGCAGGCGGAUGCCGACCUGUCAGUACCGCCCUACGACUCGUUCCAGACGUACGCCUUUGAAGGCACCAGCUCGCCGGCCCUCUCCCUCAGCUCUAUCCACACCCUGUCCACUACGUCCGAGCAGGAUUUCUCCUACCUCAGUGACUGGGGGCCACGUUUCAGGCAGCUGGCGGGCUACUACGCCCCGGGACAUCCUGAGGAAGAGGGCUCCUAGCAGUGUCCUCAGCCAAAACCUUUGCCUUCUCCUCUGUCCCGAGCAUCGUAUCAAGGCAGCCCAGUGUCAACACUGUCCUAUAAAGCCCUCCUCCAUCAUCUCCACAGCGCCAGAAUUGAAGCCCAGUUGGUGUGUUGGAAAUCGAUUAGGUCAAAAAAUCUUUCUUGCUUUGAAUCUUUAAGUUUGAAGUUUUUCAAAGCAAAACAUUGUUUUUAAAGGUUUUGUAACUCCAGGGUGAAAGGUGGGCUGAUUCAAUGAGGGAUAAAAGCAGGUGUUAUCCGUUCACUUUUCCCUUAAUUCCAAUAAGGAACAGAGGAGUAUGACGUAAUAAAAUACAAGUGGGGCACCACAGGUUACAAUACCAUUACCUUUCAAAUUAGUUUCUGGGUAUGUUCUGUCUGGAAUCAAAGACUGGGUUAAUUUUUAGCUGUGUGAGUGGACGCUCUGAGGACAUUCCGAGAAAUAUGAACAUUAUGAAACUCAGCAGGGGGUCAAGUAUUUUUUUUUCAAGACAAGGCAAACUAUCUGAGAUAUGUAUUUAUUUAAGAAAAUAUUUACAGUAUUUAUUCCUUUGUAUUUAUUUAUUUAUUUUGUCCAUAAUCACCGCACCACUUGUAACAAUGAACAUCAGUGAAGAAUGAUACAGAAAGAAGAAAAAAAUGUUUAUUAUGGUGAGAACCUGAGGAGAGAAGAGCUUCUACAGAAGCGCUUGGCAUAGAUAGAACUUUACAUACUGCUUUCACAAAGGUGAUAUUUGGGUCACAGACAACUACAGUAUUGGAAAUAUUUGUAUUUAUUUUUCAGGAACACUUUUGUAAAAUAAACAACUGAAGACAGAGCGCGACAGAAAAUAAAAGAGUGAGAGAACAAAGGAAGAGACAAUUCAGUGCACAGAUUGGUUUUGUGUUGACAUACUUUCACUGUAUUGUGAAGAUUUCUAAGGGGUUAUGAAGGUUGUGGGACAUUAUGUGAUAACCGGGGUUUUUGCUUUUCUUUUUCAGCGCCAUUUAAAAGGCUAUAAGGCACAAUCCACACGAGUGAUCCAGGACUAUAUGAAAUGACUGUUGGUUUCAUGGAGUUGGCUAUAAGCUAACUCUUCCUGAGGAGUUAAUUUUCAUUCUAGUAUUUGUAUGUGUGAGUGUGUAAUAUGCGAACAACUUGUUUUAUAUUCUGAAAGAUUUGAUCGCUUUUGUUCUUUUGGGUCUAUUUUAGAAGAUGGAUGGAUAUGUGAAGGGGUGACAGGUACAGGAAUAAAGGAUGAGGAGAUGGAAGUCCUCUACCCACCAUCCAGAACCUAUUUAAUGUUGACCUUAAACUUGCAAAUGUAUGGGAAAUAAAAAUCAAUAAAUAUUUUAUUGUUGUUUUUUUUA